UGUGGCCGUCGAGGACACCGCAGGCCGCGGGGAGCGUGCCUGGCUGCGGGGCGACAGCUGCCAGAUAUGGGCCGUGGGAAAGCGGACGGCUUGGCAGUCGCAGUCGGGCGGCUGCGUUUGGCGAUAGCAGUCUGCACUGGAAUCUAUUUACCACUCCUUGCUCCCCCGCCCCGUCCACUCCUUUCCCUUCCGCCGUCAUGUUCCGACGCCGGACAGUCUACAUCCUUCUCAGCCUCCUCGCCGCAGUCCUCGUCGGCACCGUCGUCGUGCUCUCCUCCAUCUCCUAUUACCUCUCCAUCAACGCGAAGGCGUACAUCACAGAGGUCAACCUCGACGCGCCUCUCAACGCAACCGUGCCCUGGAACGCGACGGAGCAUGGCAAGGUCGAGCGCAUUCCGCGUAUUCUCCACCAGACGUGGAAGACGGAGACCCUCCCGGAGAAGUGGGCAGACGUCUCUCAGGGCUGUCGGGAUUUGAUGCCGGAUUACGAGUACAUGCUAUGGACUGACGCCAGCUCACGAGAGUUCAUUUCCGAGAACUAUCCUUGGUUCUUGGACACGUUCGACGGGUACAAGUACCCCAUCCAACGCGCCGACGCCAUCCGGUAUUUCAUACUUCACCACUAUGGUGGUGUCUACCUAGACCUCGACAUUGGAUGUCUGCGUCCGCUCGACCCCCUCAUGGUCUACCCCGUCAUUCUCGCGAAGACCAUCCCCGUGGGCGUGUCCAACGAUCUCAUGUUCUCGGAGCCACGACACCCGUUCAUGGAGCAGAUGAUUCACGGCCUUAUGGCGUUCGACCACAGCUGGGUCCUCAACUACCCCACCGUCAUGUUCAGCACGGGCCCCAUGUUCGUGUCUGCGCAGUACGGGCUGUAUACUUCGACGCACCCGGCUACCCUUGCGCAGCCCGGCGGCGAGGUUCGCGUUCUGCCGAAAGCGCUCUACGGCAAGAAUGCGAAGCCCGGUGAGGCGCCCCACUCGUUCUUCUCGCACUAUUAUGGGAGCAGCUGGCAUGCAGACGACGCUGCCUUCAUCGGUUUCCUCGGCAAAUGGGGCAAGGGCCUCAUGUGGGCGGGCCUGGUCGUCUUCAUCCUCGGAGUGAUCAGACUCGCACUUGCACCCACCGCGCGCCGUCGCAAGUAUCGCCUCAGACGCAUCGGUGGCUACGAGGUUAUGAUGCCCCGCUGGGUGCAACGGGAUGGCCGAUGGUAUCUCGACCUCGGAUGGUUCGGCCUGCCCGCGUCGGGCGCCACGACUCCGACGCAACCCGCCUCCCCCAUCUCCCUCCCAAGCGAGACCUCCUCCGAUGCUGACGAGGAAGACGUACAGCUGUUGCCGCUGUCUUUUGCGCCAAGGUCUUCGUCGCCCGCACCAUCAGAAGCCUCAUCAGCCAUGGACUCGAUGUCAUCAUCGUGGCAACGCCCAAGCGGCGGUUCCCCCCUCGACGUCGUCCGGCGCGCGAGUCGCCGUGUGAUGACCUCCAUCUUUGGCCGGCCAGACUCACCAGAGCUGCCUCCGUCGCGGCGCAGGCGCAGCCGGGGCGUGCUCUUCUUCCUCCCAGCCUUCCUCUCGACGUCCCCCGAGAUCGAGCUUCCGCGCGGGCGCUCACGCUCGCGCUCCGUGCACCUUGCACCCUCAAUCUCGCGGACGACCAUACAUCUGCCGCCGGAAAAACGGCAGUACGACGAGGAGUCGGGCGCCUACCUCCCUGCGCCGAGCGGCCCGCCACACGGGGGCCGGUCACACUCGACGGUGUCAUCUUCAUCCACGCUCUUGUGAGCGAGCGGGUCGCGCGCCCGGGCAGCCGCUGCGCGCAGUGUAUCCAUAAUAGAGAAAACCAACGCUGAACGUGACCGCGCGUGUACACAGUACAGAUUCAUGGGGCUAGGGCUGGGGCACGGUGCCGGAUACCCGUUACAGAUUCAGACUUGUUGCUUUGGACUUUAAUCUUGUGCCCGUCGUUGGUAUCUUGAUUCGCUUUCGUUUGCUGGCGCAUGAACA